UUAAACAGCGGCAGAGAGCAGAGCAAGUUAGCCUGGUGGUGAGAGUAGAGAGAAUGGCUCCCAAAGCUUUCAUCUUUUUGGCUUUGUUAUCCUUUUCAGCAUUGUCCUUGAAUCCUUCUUUUGCACGGGAUGAGCAAGAUACUACUGGCCUUGUUAUGAACUUCUACAAGGAAACAUGCCCUCAGGCUGAAGAUGUUAUCAGAGAACAAGUCAAGCUUCUCUACAAGCGCCACAAGAACACUGCUUUCUCUUGGCUCAGGAACAUUUUCCAUGAUUGUGCUGUUCAGAGUUGUGAUGCUUCACUGUUGCUGGACUCAACAAGAAGGAGCUUGUCUGAGAAGGAGACAGACAGGAGCUUUGGUUUGAGGAAUUUCAGGUACAUUGAGACCAUCAAAGAAGCUGUGGAGAGGGAGUGUCCUGGAGUUGUUUCCUGUGCUGAUAUCCUUGUACUUUCUGCCAGAGAUGGCAUUGUUGCCCUAGGAGGUCCUCAUAUCCAUCUUAAAACUGGAAGAAGGGAUGGUAGAAGGAGCAGAGCAGAUGUGGUUGAGCAGUUCCUUCCAGACCACAAUGAAUCCAUUUCUGCAGUUCUUGACAAAUUUGGUGCCAUGGGAAUUGACACCCCCGGCGUGGUUGCAUUGCUUGGAGCACACAGUGUGGGUCGAACUCACUGUGUGAAGUUGGUGCACCGUUUGUACCCAGAGGUUGAUCCAGUGCUCAAUCCUGAUCAUGUCCCACACAUGCUCAAGAAGUGCCCUGACGCCAUUCCAGAUCCUAAGGCUGUGCAAUACGUGAGAAACGAUCGUGGCACGCCCAUGGUUCUAGACAACAACUAUUAUAGGAAUAUCUUGGACAACAAGGGUCUGUUGAUAGUGGAUCACCAAUUAGCCAAAGACAAGAGGACCAAGCCUUAUGUUAAGAAAAUGGCCAAGAGCCAGGACUAUUUCUUCAAGGAGUUUUCUAGAGCUAUUGCCUUGCUUUCUGAAAACAAUCCCCUCACUGGCACAAAGGGUGAGAUCAGAAAACAGUGCAAUGUUGCCAACAAGCACUAUGAGGAGGAGCCUUAAUUGCUUCCGACUUCCACUUGUCUAUGAGGAAGGAAGAAAUCUGUAAGAUAAGAUAUUAUGCAGAAAUAAGGUGUUUUUCUUUUAGCAGGUUACUGUAUUUCAUGGGGAUGGGAGGACUUAGAUGCCUUUGAUUUUCAAUCUUCUGAUGUAACUUUUAUGUCUUUAUUCAAUAAGGAUAAUAUAUUAGUAUGUAUGUUAGCUCAUGAUCAGUGUUGGGUGCAUAGGCAUGUUGAAGGUGUUAUGUUUAUGUAUGCAUAAUGCAUGGUGGUGUAUGGUGCAUGGAUGGCAGUGACAAUGUUUAUGGUAUUCAUGCCAUUUAAAGUUUGUUCUUUCUAUAUA